AUGAGCGAUGAUGGUAUUAUAAAGUCGUCGUCCCUCUGCGUCGCCCACAGAUGCUCUGUUCUCCUCCGCUCAUCCGCCUUGCCUAUUGCAUCCCCUCGUCCCGCCUUGCCUCACCGCGCCUCGCAGUGCCUUGCCUCAAAUCGCCGCUCCUUGACUCUGCGUUUUGCUGUCUGGACUGGUUCUGCAACAACAGGUUCUACUUGUAAAAGUUUGGGCUGCAAUCCUCAAGGCAUUGCUGCUAACAGGCUUCGAUGCUUGGUUCCGCAAUACCGAAGAUCGGUGGUAAAAGCAAAGACCUCAGAUACAACUGAAUGUGCUGCUAUGGUUAAUACCAAUUUUCGGAGAGACUUUCUUGGAUUGAUUUUGGGAAUCUCAAGCCUCUUUGUUGGUUCAUUGGAAGCCAAAGGAGCUGCUUUGCCCCCGAAAGAUAAGCCGAAACUAUGUGAUGAAGCUUGUGAGAAGGAGCUUGAAAAUGUGCCUAUGGUAACUACUGAAUCAGGUUUGCAAUAUAAGGAUAUUAAAGUUGGACAAGGUCCUAGUCCCCCAGUUGGAUUUCAGGUAGCAGCUAAUUAUGUAGCAAUGAUUCCUUCCGAACAAGUAUUUGAUAGGAAAAGAAGCGAAAGAUUAAUGCAUUAAAAGAAGAGGAAAGAGCUCGAGAAGGAGAGAGCGAAGGAUGAACUUCUGACGAGAAAGCGCCAAAUAGAGGAAAGACGAGUGAGAUACCGUGCGCAAUGUGGUGGUCCAAAAGCAGCAUGUGCUGGUUGUGUUGGCUUUGCGGCAUUUUCAGUCGUUAUAGAGAAGUUCUUAGACAGGCAUGAGUAAUUACCUAUUGAAUUGAAGUCACCCAAUUUUACAUUCAUUAGGCAUAGCAUGGAUUUUUAUAGUGAUAAUCUUUUGCCCAUUUACUAAAAGGCACAUACAAAAUUGUAGUAUUUUAUUUUACAUCGAUUAUUAUUUAUUUGUAUACAAUAUCAAUUGGUGGAUGCAUUCCUCCAAUUCCAAACUAGAUAAGUAUGCUCUUAAGUAUUAAUGUAAA